CAGAAUAGACAGACUGUGAGAAGAAAGAAGACUCUCUCUUUGUCUCGCAGCUGCUUUUUUGCUUCUUCUCUGCAAAAAAAAAACAUUGUUUGGCAUCCACUCCUUCAGCAAACCAAAUCCAAGAUGAACGCAGCAGCAGGUGAAGGCUCCAAGGCUGCUCCCCCCAAGUUCAAGCAGAAGGAGACCAGGCAGUUCAAGAGCAAGGCUCCCAAAGCUGGACAGAAGGGGUUUGACAACGACGUCCCAGGGAUGGAGGGUCUUGGAGACUCUGCAGUGGUCUGCCCCUGGGAGGCGUUUGGUGACAUGGAGCUGAGCGACCUAGCUCAGUUUGGCAUCGUCUAGACCUGUAAGAUAGGAGCUCCCACCCUGGCCCUGGACAGAUGUGAUACCACCGUGUUUCCAAACUGUACAAGUGCUGAGGAUGAGGAGCAGCUCUAAGCUGGAGGAGUGUUUUUACCAAAUGGUGCAGGAAUCACUGUGGGACACAUCUCUGCAGUCCCAGGGUUAUAUGGAGUCUCUCCUAACCAGACCCAGAAGAUAAAUAUUCUUCGAUUAUAUAUAUAUAUAUUUUAGGUGCUGUUUAAAUGUAUCAAUAUUAUUUUUGCUAUAAACAUAAAUGUAAAAAUCAUAAAUGAGUAAGUCCAUAACUUGCAUCUCACUAUAGCUAUAACCAGAUUACCUGUAAUGCACACAGUCAUAGUGUUGGUACAAUAAAUGUAUUCAUAAUUA